AUGGAGCGUUUCUAUACGAACACGUUGGCCAAUGCGAAGCAAUUUAUGACUGAUUAUGACAGUGAGCAGCACAGCGGACAACUAGAGGGAUGGAAACAGCGAGUUGAUGGACUUUUCCAGAAGUUCGAAGCAAAUCGUCUAGCUAUCGAACUGUUAGAAGAAGAUCAGGAUGACGAAGAGAUGGGUGAGGAUGUAAAAGGGGUUGAUGACGACGCGAAGAGCGUCGCCGACGAAAAGCACCGUGUUAUCCAUCAGCGGUUCGAGCUCGAUUACGUUUUGGUUUCCAGUUUCAUUGCUAACGAGAUUCGGAAACUCGCGCUUGCUACCCCUUCUAACCCGCCUCCACAAGUUGCUGGACAAUCGCGCGUCAAGCUACCCGAAGUUAAACUCCCUACGUUUGAUGGCACUAUUUCGGAGUGGAUCACUUUUCGCGAUUCAUUCAAAUCCCUCAUCGAUUCUAACCAACAGCUCACCCCGUUUGACAAAUUCUCGUAUCUCGUAGCCUCUCUAACAAAAGAUGCAAAAAAGGUCGUUGAAUCGAUCGAACUUUCGGCUGCCAACUACCCGGUCGCUUGGCAGCUGUUGGAGAAGAGGUUUGAGAAUAAGAAACUGAUUCUCAAAACUUAUCUCGAUGCCCUUUUCGCUAUUGACCCCAUGAAAAGGGAAAGCUACGAGUCUCUGAUGCGGUUGGUCGACGAUUUUGAGCGGAAUUUGAGCAUGAUCGACAAGAUGGGAGUUCCAACGGGCGGUUGGAGUGUCCUCCUGGCUCACAUGCUCUGCAGUCGUCUCGAUCCGUCUACGCUGAAGCAAUGGGAGUCACACUACCGGUCAACGGACGUUCCAGAGUACAAGGACAUCAUUGCCUUUCUUCAAGGUCAUUUGUCAGUUUUGCAGUCGCUACCACCGUCCAAGUCACAUUCAUCGGAGUCCAACAAAGCAGAGCAACAGCGUCCAUCGAAGUCGAAGAUCAACACCGUUCACGCCGUGACCAGUCCAGCGACCAGCUCUUGUCCAUUUUGCUCGAAAUCUUCGCACUCUCCAUUCAAAUGCGAUCUGGUUCCACCGGAAAAUCCACCCGCCUCGCCGAAUCAGUCUGCGUCGCAAUCGCAGCCAACGUCGUCGUCUUCGUUAGAAAAUCCAAAGCCAUCGUCAUCUGGUACCAGUCUCGUAUCCACCACCGUCGUCGAUGCCCCAAGAAGCGCUCCUGCCACCGUGCUGCUGCAAACAGCAAUCGUCAAGGUGUUUUCAACGAAUGGCCACAUCCAGUGGGCCAGAGCCUUGUUGGAUCCAGCGUCGCAGUUGAACCUCAUCACCGAGAGUCUCGUUCAAAGGUCGAAGCUACAUCGCUAUCAGUGUCACCAGGAAAUUGGAGGCGUAGGCAACUCCGCAAUCGUGUCAUCUCAUGCCGUUCUCGUCCAGAUUGGAUCUCACUGCACGGACUUUUCCGUUGAACAACGUUGUCACAUCCUGAAGAAGAUUACCAGAGACCUUCCCAGUAGGUCGCUUGAUGCUUCAGCCUGGACACUACCAUCGAAUAUAAUCCUCGCAGAUCCUAAGUUCCAUGAGCCGGGUCCCAUUGAUCUACUACUCGGUAUGGAAUUGUAUUACGAUUUGCUACUCGAAGGAUUCACCAAGUUGGGUCCUGAGAAGCCGAUUCUACAGAACACUGUUUUUGGUUGGGUUGCCUCGGGUAAGAUCGGUUCCAGUCUACCUGAUCGAACUCCAAAGGUUGCCCAUGUAUGCAGCAAGCAACCACUCGAUGAGUUAAUCUCACGUUUUUGGGAAAUCGAGUCCUGCUGGUCUCCCAGUACGCAGUCUAUAGAGGAAGCUGCUUGUGAGGACCAUUUCGCUGCUCACACUUUUCGAGAUGACUCGGGUCGGUUUGUGGUGACGCUUCCAAAGCAGCCGUCCGUUUUAGCCCAACUCGGCAGCUCAAAGGAGAUUGCCACCAAAAGAUUUCUCGCUCUCGAACGUCGCCUCGACGAUAAUCCCAAACUGAAGGAAGCUUACGACGCCUUCAUCGAUGAAUACCACCAGCUGGGCCACAUGAGGGAAGUAGACUGCUCUGGAACUUCUUCGUCUGCAGCACUGUCGUACUACUUACCUCACCACGGAGUCGAAAAAACUGACAGCACAACCACAAAACUGCGGGUCGUUUUUGACGCCUCAUGUCGGACCGACAGCGGGGUCUCCUUGAAUCAGGCGCUGAUGGUGGGUGCUGUGGUUCAGGACGACCUCUUCGCCAUCCAUCUUCGGUUUCGCAUGCACAGGAUCGCCAUUAUUGCAGACAUAGAAAAGAUGUAUCGUCAGAUACGCAUCCAUCCGUCGGACUAUCAACUACAGCGCAUACUGUGGCGUAGUUCGUCAUCUGAACCGUUGCGCACUUUUGAGCUAGCGACGGUGACUUACGGUACAGCAUCUGCUCCCUUUUUGGCCACCAGAUGCCUGAAAGAGCUGUCCAUACAAGGUGCUGACACUUUUCCACACGCAUCGCUAGUUUUGGGCAAGGAUUUUUACGUGGACGAUAUGCUUACCGGGGUCGACAACGAAGACGACGGAGCAGAACUUAGCAGUCAACUCCAGGAACUACUACAGUCAGCUGGGUUUAGUCUACGAAAGUGGGCGUCCAACUCCCCAGCUGUUCUCUCGAACAUUCCGGCCGAAAAUCGUGACGAACGGUCGGUGUUUGCUUUAGAUUCGCUCUCGUCUCCGAUUAAGACCCUCGGAAUUCAGUGGAACCCCUCCAGCGACACGUACAGCUACGCUGUUCCAGAAUGGUCCAAAGAAGCUGUCAUUACUCGUCGCGUCGUUGCAUCCGACACUGCCAAACUAUUCCUGCCUCUCGGACUGCUAGGUCCCGUCGUUGUACUUGCCAAGAUAUUCAUUCAAUCUCUGUGGCAGACUACCGUGUCCUGGGACGAGCCUCUGACUCUAGAGCAACAUCAAUAUUGGUCCGAGUUUCGUGACAGCUUAGAGGACAUCACAUCGAUUUCCAUUCCUCGAUGGGCAGCAUUUGCUCAUAAUCCUGUUGUGGUAGAGUUGCAUGGGUUCUGCGAUGCUUCAGAGAAGGCAUACGGGGCCUGCCUCUACAUUCGAACGGUGUCAAGUGAUGGCACCAUUUCCGCCAGACUACUCGCCGCCAAAUCGAAGGUGGCGCCCACAGGAAAAUCGAAAAAGCAGUCCACGCUCACCCUACCCAGAUUGGUACUUUCAUCAGCGUUACUUCUAGCUCAUUUGUACCACAAGGUCACCGAAAGCGUCGAAUUGAAAACGAAGUCGUUCUUUUGGACGAAUUCCAUGAUUGCUCUCUGUCAGAUUCGCUCGCCACCAGCUCGUUGGAAAACCUUUGUAGCGAAUCGCGUUUCAGAGAUCCAGCGCCUAACGGUUGGUGGAACUUGGGCUCAUGUACCCGGUGCUGAAAACCCCGCGGACAUUAUCUCGCGUGGUAUGAGCCCCGCGCAAUUGAAAGAUACGCCAGCCUGGUGGAACGGAUGCCAGUGGCUAAGCCAACCGUCUCGUUUCUGGCCUCCCAUCAACCGUCCAAUCCCCGAGGAUCUACCUUCUACCGAGCUGGAGGAACGCUCGGUCUCAUUGCCAGUGCAAGCCACACAAUCCAGCGAAAUAUUCGAGUGUCGCUCAUCGUUCUCCAGUCUAGUUCGGGUAGUUGCCUUUCUACACCGAUUCCGACACAAUGCUUCGCCUCGAAAUCGAACUGCUCGAAAGGUUGGGCCUCUCAGCACCUUGGAGCUGAACAAUGCUACCAAGACGCUCGUAAAGCUUGCUCAACACGAAGCCUUUGGAGCAGACAUUCUCGCCAUCACAUCAAAAGGACAAGUCAGCUCCCAUUCUGCCUUGAAAAACCUCGCUCCCAUCCUAGUUGGUGGGAUUCUUCGUGUUGGUGGUCGUUUACGUCACGCAGCUGUUUCCGAGGACAGGAAACAUCCCAUGAUUCUGCCAGCUCGUCAUACACUCACAGAACGCAUUCUGGUUCACUACCACCUGAAAAAUCUUCACGCCGGAUCACAACUACUGGUUGCCUGCGCACGGGAGAAAUACUGGCCUCUUCGAAUCAGGAACUUGGCUCGGAAGGUUGUACACUCCUGCGUGAAUUGCUUCCGCUGCAAACCCACCAAUCUCGAACAGCUAAUGGGGGACUUGCCUCCUGAGAGAGUGACACCAACUCUACCGUUUUUGAAUACUGGUGUAGAUCUGUGUGGACCCUUCCAGUUUCGGAAGCUGCCUAGAGCCCCUCCUGUGAAAUGCUACGUGGCUAUUUUCGUUUGCCUUGUCACAAAGGCUGCCCACGUAGAACUUGUGUACGACCUCAGUACAGCCGCAUUUCUGGCGGCGUUGCAACGUUUCGUCGCUCGCAGAGGGCGACCAAGGCUUAUCCAGUGCGACAACGCCACAAAUUUCAAGGGAGCAGCAAAGGAACUCGCACAGCUACGCAAGCAGUUCUAUGAUCAGCAACAUCAGGCAGAAGUAAUCAGCACGUGCGCAGAUGAUGGCACCGAAUUCAGGUUCAUUCCGCCCCGCAGUCCCAAUUUUGGGGGAUUGUGGGAGGCGGCGGUGAAAUCGUUUAAGAGGCAUCUCCGGGCCACUAUUGGAAAUUCGGUGCUUUCUCAGGACGAGUUUGUGACCCUACUAUCUCGCAUCGAGGCUUGCUUGAAUUCUAGGCCAUUGACUGCGCUCUCGGCCGACCCUAAUGACCUGGAAGUCUUAACUCCGGGACAUUUUCUCGUUCAUCGGCCUCUCACCGCGUUUCCUGAGCCUAACCUGUCCGAAGUACCGAGGAACCGCCUCGACCGGUGGCAGACGAAUCAGGAACUACUCCGACGCGUUUGGAAGCGUUGGACCAUCGACUACCUGUCAGGCCUCCAUCCACGUACUAAGUGGACUCAACAGCGCAACAACAUUGAGAUCGGCACUUUGGUGUUGGUCAAGGAAGACAACCUCCCACCAUUGAAAUGGAGGUACGGCCGUAUCAUCCGAGUCUGCCGCGGCACGGACAACAACAUCCGUGUAGUCGUCGUGCGGACUGCCGAUGGCGAGUAUACCCGAUUAAUCUCGAAGAUAUGCGUUCUACCUGUACGCCAGCCUGCAUUGAACGAUGCCGGCUCAAUCAACCCAAACUCAGAGGACUGA